GCGCCCGCGCCAUGGAUGCGCGCGCUCCGCUCCUUCCCAUGGCGCCUCAACACAUAUAAGUCCGGCCUCCUCUGCCUCCCCUCCCCUGUCCCAUUUCCACCGCCCGCCGCAUGCAACCCAUCGAUCGACCGCGGCCGCUGCGUUGAUCGAUCUACACACCAGCCGGCCGGAGGAGGAGGAGACACGCCGCGGAGGGAUAUGACUGCAGGUUCUAGGAUGCGCGCCUGCGCCGCCGCCGCGGUGCUCGCGCUGGCGCUGCUGGCCGUGGCGGUGCGAGCCGAGGACCCUUACCUCUUCUUUGAGUGGAAGGUGACCUACGGGACGAGGUCCCCGAUGGGCGUGCCGCAGAAGAUGAUCCUCAUCAACGACGCCUUCCCCGGGCCCACCAUCAACUGCACAUCCAACAACAAUAUCAUCGUCAACGUCUUCAACCAGAUCGACAAGCCGCUCCUCUUCACCUGGCACGGGAUCCAGCAGAGGAAGAACUCAUGGCAGGACGGCAUGCCGGGCGCCAUGUGCCCCAUCAUGCCCGGCACCAACUUCACCUACAAGAUGCAGUUCAAGGACCAGAUCGGCACAUUCUUCUACUUCCCCAGCAUCGGCAUGCAGCGCGCGGCCGGAGGGUACGGGCUCAUCAGCAUCCACAGCCGCCCGCUCAUCCCCAUCCCCUUCGACCCACCGGCCGCCGACUUCUCCGCCAUGAUCGGUGACUGGUUCACCAAGGACCACACCGUCCUGGAGAAGCACCUCGACACGGGCAAGACCAUCGGCCGCCCCGCGGGGCUCCUCAUCAACGGCAAGAACGAGAAGGACGCCUCCAACCCGCCCAUGUACGAAGUCGAGGCCGGCAAGACGUACCGGUUCCGCAUCUGCAACGUCGGAAUCAAGGCCUCCCUCAACGUGCGCGUGCAGGGCCACAUCACCAGGCUCGUCGAGAUGGAGGGCUCCCACACCGUGCAGAACGAGUACGACUCCAUCGACGUCCACGUCGGCCAGUGCCUCUCCGUCCUCGUCACCGCCAACCAGAAGCCCGGCGACUACUUCUUCGUCGCCUCCACCCGCUUCAUCAAGGAGGUGAACACCAUCACCGCCGUCAUCCGCUACAAGGGAUCCAACACCCCGCCGUCGCCCAAGCUGCCGGAGGCGCCAAGCGGCUGGGCAUGGUCCAUCAACCAGUGGAGGUCCUUCCGCUGGAACCUGACGGCCAGCGCCGCCAGGCCCAACCCGCAGGGGUCCUACCACUACGGCCAGAUCAACAUCACCCGCACCAUCAAGCUCUCCACCAGCCGCGCGAUGGUCGACGGCAAGGAGAGGUACGCGCUCAACGGCGUGUCGCACGUCGACGCCCCCACGCCCCUCAAGCUCGCCGAGUACUUCAACGCCAGCAACGGGCUGUUCCAAUACAACCUCAUCGGCGACACGCCACCCAAGGCGGGCACCCCCAUCAAGCUCGCCCCCAACGUCAUCACCACCGAGUACCGUACCUACAUCGAGGUCGUCUUCGAGAACCCUGAGAAGAGCAUCGACUCCUUCCAUCUCAACGGCUACGCAUUCUUCGCCGCCGGCAUGGGACCGGGGCUAUGGACGCCGGACAGCAGGAGGACGUACAACCUCCUAGACACGGUGAGCCGGCACACGAUCCAGGUGUACCCCAGGUCGUGGACGGCGGUGAUGCUCACCUUCGACAACGCUGGGAUGUGGAACUUGAGGUCCAAUCUCUGGGAGAGGUACUACAUGGGGGAGCAGCUGUACGUCAGCUGCACCUCGCCGGCGAGGUCGCUCAGGGACGAGUACAACAUGCCCGAGAACGGCCUCCGCUGCGGCAAGAUCGUCGGCCUGCCGCUGCCGGCGCCAUACAUCAUCGCAUAAUCUACUCUUAACUCCAUCGCCACUCCAUUCCAUUCCAUUCUAUUCCAGGCCUACGCAAGCAUUGAUCCAUGCAUUGAGAGCUAGCAUGGUGAUGUACACACUACGUACAACAGCAGGAAGAGCAGGAGUUUUUUCGUUUCUUUUUUUCGUACGCCCCCACGUCCACGAUUCUUCUUGUCAGGUUUUACUCUCUCUUUUCGAGGAAUAAAAAAAAUUUAGGGGGCUCAAGAUCAUCUGGGCACCGCCUGUCAUCGGAACGAGGAUGAUGAUGAGGACAAGAAGAAGAGAGACUGGCCGGAUGCGAAUGCCAUACGAGCGCGAUCGGGAAGCCGGCCCUGUCGAAUCGUAUACGUUGUAAUAGGAGUUAAUUAAUUCUAUCUGAUCAUCAUUUACCCAAUAAGUCCUUCAGGCAAAUUGGUCAAUUCUUGUGUGUCUAUAAUAUAUAUGUACAUGAGCAUAUUGUAAUUUUUGUUCGAACUUCUACUUUUUCUUAUGUAACUUCCAUUAACUGGAACUUCGUAUUAUGGUUCA